AUGCACAUGCAGGCAUUUGACUCUCCCAGUGCUUUGAUAAUACCUCUUCCUUCUGAAUGUUUUCACAAUCUUAUUGGACAACAUGAUACAUUUCAACAGACGUUCUAUUAUUCUUGUCUAUGCAAUGUCCUGCGCAAAGAAAUAUGGUAUCAUCGGCCAGACAUGUUCUCUUUCAGGGACAUGAUUAUAUUUAAUGCUCGCAAGAGACAAAUCGAGGCGAUGGACAUAUACGAGGAAACGAGACAAUCGCCUGCCGACCCACCAAUAUCUUUGCCUUUUCAUGUGAUCUUGAAAGGGAUGAUUCCAUUCCCAGAACUAAGAGAUCAGGUAAAAGACGACUUCCUGAAGCUUUUUCCUGGCAUGAUUGUGUAUAACCUAGCCGAAGACUUGUUUGAAAAUCAAGAUAGUGAAGAUGACUAA